UCGUCAACGAGCGCGGUUGCCAACGCCAACCAGCCUACUCUUCCACCAGCCCUGCGGUGUCUUGCCUUCGGCCCGCGAGGGGGUAAAAGGUUCGUGAAUUUAGCAGAUCCAUUUCAUCAGCGUUCUGCGUGCAGGAAGAACUAGUUCAGCUAGAUUGUUUGCUAGACUGCAGGAUUCAGGUAAGCGAAACCGAUUCGUCUGCACUGGUGUUGUUGGGCAGGAAGCGUGAUAAGCUCCGUGGUGAACUUUAUAAAACCAUAGUCAAGAACCACCAGUUCAACACCAUGGGUCACCAUCCAGAACCGCCGGUCAUGAUCUCGGACAAGCUGCCGGAAUCGUUACGUAAGAAGAUGAUUACGUUCCAGGCGAAGAACGAGCUGCCCGUCUUCCUCAAGGGUGGACCGGCCGACCGUGCCCUGUUCGGCAUUACCGUGGCGCUGUGCGGUGUCGGUCUGCUGGGCAUCUUCAAGAUGGUGUACGAUCUCGGAUUCGCCAAGAAGAAGGCCUAAGGCACACACACACACACACACACCGUUGUGAUACUAGUGGUUGGUUGGACCGUGGAGGACAGUGAUGGAAACCCGAGUAACAUAAAAUUUGUGGUUUUAUUCCCAAAAUGUACAAAACAUUA